AUGACUUUGUUUGCGUUGAUACUGCAAAUGGAUCAAAGUAUUUUAAAAAUUGGUCCAAUGAUUUGGGUAUCGCAGUAUCAUGAAAUGAGGAUGAACACGACGGUAAACAGUGAAGAAGAAAAGAGCGAAGCUGUUAUAACAGUUUGUUUAAUGCAAGCAGAUUCAUUGCUGACGAUGACAUUUUUUUUAUUAUUAAUAAUUAUAUUCUUUGUAAUACCAUUAUUUAUUCUGUUGCUACUGUAUUUAAUAAUAAUACGGCAGUUGAUAAAUGACCGCUCGGCGUCAACAGCGGAAAAUUACCAUGCGCGCGCACGCAAACAAGUGGUGCUCAUGCUGCUUGCAGUGGUGUUUAGUUUCUUUAUUUGUCUAGCGCCAUUUAAAAUUCUCACUUUUUACAUCGUUUUGGCGCCCAAUGAGUCCGUCGAAGCUAUAGAUCACGACACCUUUUACAACAUAUUGUAUUUCAGCCGAAUUAUGUUUUACUUAAACAGCGCGGUUAAUCCGAUUCUCUAUAACUUGAUGAGCAGCAGAUUUAGCGCACCAGAACUGACCGAAGCACUGUCAGAAGUUCUACCACUGGAACAAGACUGUCGCGUAGAACUAUUACCAGUACGUAUUUUCUUUCUCCGAUUUACUUAUUUUUUAUUAUUGUCGUUGGUAUUUAAAAUAAAUUUAUCGUACGUCUUCUUGAAAUCUCAUGUUUUCCGGAACUCUCCGAUAUUAACAAUGACAGUAUACUCAAUGGAAAAAGACGACGACGGAAGUGAACUACCAGCAUGUUCAACAUCUGUAAAAUCAAUAUGGCCAAUGAUAUUUUUCUUAACAACAAUAAUAAUAUUUUUUAUAAUUCCACUAGUGAUACUGGUAGUGCUAUACACAGUGAUAGCGAGACAUUUGAUGAGGAACCCAGCGAUAACGCGAGGGCCAGCUAAUAAUUUGCUUAAGUACAGGAAGCAAGUGGUACUGAUGCUGGGAACAGUUGUAAUUAGUUUUUUCAUUUGCUUAUUGCCCUUUCGCGCGUUUACACUCUGGGUAAUAGUGUCGCCGCUGACAGCAAUAAUAAAUCUCGGCGUCGAUGGGUACUUUAUAUUACUGUACAUAAGCCGCGUAAUGCUCUAUCUUAAUUCAGCGAUAAAUCCAAUUUUGUAUAAUUUGAUGUCGACGAAAUUUCGCGAAGGAUUUCUAAGAUUGUGCGGACUGUCGCGCAAACAGAGCAAAGACAUUCCAACAUCUGGACGCACUGGCACAACCACUAGCAGUAAUCACUCGGAUUUCUGGCGCAGACAGAGCAACUCUAGCAAAAGCUGCAGUGUUAAGGUCUCCAGUGCCAGCACUGAUAAUAAUAAGCCUUUUAUGCGUCUUUAA